AUGCCAGUGCGCAACCAGUACACGAAGUAUCGUAUCACAAAGCCGUGGACUGCAGACAGCACUUAUGACGACAUCUUCCUCGCCCAGCCCUCCCGGGAAGACCUCUACGCAUUUUCCAAGGAGCUGCCCGUCUUCCUGAAGUUCCUAAAGCUGCUCACGAAGGCUCAAAACCGCAAAGAGGCGUUCGUUGAGUUUGCGAAGCGGUGCGAGAACGGGCUUGUUGUGGAGAAGGACGUGUACGUUACGAAGGCUGAGCUUCUGGAUUGUAUGUGGCGCAAUGGUUACUCGGAGGGUGAGAUCGAUGCCAUCAAGUUGGGGUUCCCCGAUGACUACCGCUUCCACUACCCCGAGCUGGCGGUGACGUUCGACCUUACGGAAGAAGAUUGCUACGCUUACUGCAUUAGGCAAAGGGCUGCCAACCCUGAGGAACUCAUCGAGCUGAAACUUAAGAAACCACAAAACAUGAUCUCGAGCUAUGGCCUCAUUUUCCUGGGAUGCUGGUUCGGAUUGAGUAACGCUGUGUUGGGAAAUGCGUGGUUCUUCGCAAAGACGCUGCCAUUCGGAGCCGUUUUCUACAUGCUGGCAGCAUACUUCCAGAAAACUUUGAAGGAAAUGGCCUGGAAGGAAGAGAACGCCCUCAUAGACAAGGCGAAAGAGGAAAAGGAUUACUGUGAGGAAGCGAUCUACAAGCAAUUGACCAGUUAG